AUGAUAAUUUUUGGAUGGAUAUGUACUUCUAUCAGUCGUCAAUUAGUUCCAAUAUUUUUUCCAAGUCCUUACCCUUUAGGUUUUAUAAUCAUGGAUUGUUUGGAUUUAGUUUUGAUUUUUGUUGGAUGUGCCAAUACUUUUGUUCUUUAUACUUGCAGGUUGGAAAAAAUGAAAGUUGGGGAUAUUUUUAGUGUAUGUAUAUAUGUUACGACCCCGCUUACGAAGAGGAAGCUAACAGAACGUUUAUCGCACAAAGAAAGUACAAAGCAGAUGAAGGUUGUGGUAGGAAGAACUAAAACACAGACCGAGAACUAA